UGUAGGCUGGGUCUUCAGCAUAGCAGAACAGUGCAGAACGAUGAUUUCUUACUGAUUUUGAUAAAAACCGUAGGGAUCAGUAGACCCCGACAAAAUAGCCUCGCUCCGCCCCUGGUGAUCUCCAGAAGCCGAGUGAGGCGUCAGUGUCAGUCUUGUUCGCCGCAGCGCGUCGGUCAUGUCGGAGAAGAAGCCGGCGACGCUCAGCCGGCCAUGUGUUCUGAUCAUAGUGGUGGCGAGCGUGGAGCGGUUCGCGUACAAGGGGGUGUCGUCGAACCUGGUGACGUACCUCGCUGAUGUCGUGGGGAUGAGCACCUCGGCGGCGGCCAAGAGCGUCAGCACCUGGAGCGGGGUCAGCUUCAUGCUGCCGCUCGUCAGCGCCUUCCUCGCCGACUCCUACUGGGACCGAUACUCCACCAUCACCGCCUCCUCCUUGCUCUACGUCCUUGGGCUUGUCGGACUCACCUCAUGGGCACUGCUGCGCACGUGGAUGCCGUGCUCCACACUGUUCUUCCCGCUCUACCUGAGCUCGAUCGGCCAAGCCGGGUACAACCCUGCACUGCAGGCCUUUGGGGCCGAUCAGCUCGACAUUGGGGACGACGCCGAGCCUGGCACGGCGUCGCCCGAGGAGAAGGGCAAGGUGAAGAGCAUGUUCUUCCAGUGGUGGUACUUCGGCAUAUGCAGCGGCAGCCUGCUGGGGAACUCCAUCAUGUCCAACAUCCAGGACAAUUUCGGCUGGGGGCUCGGCUUCGCCAUCCCCAGCGCCGUCAUGGCCAUGUCCGUCGCGGCAUUCUUCUGCUGCACCCCUCUCUACAAGCAGACGCAGCCGAAAAGCGAUGGUAGGCCGUCUCCGAAUAUAAUCUCCAAGAUUCUGAAGUCGGUUAUCGCAAUUAUCAGUUCUCCGAAGAUCAGCCUGCCAUCGAGAGACGACAAUGGCGACGCCAUUUCUGAACUAGAGUUACAGGAGAAACCACUGAAAACUGAGCCAACUGAUCCAAAGGAAUCCCUUGAUGAGGCUGCACCCAGUGUGGCCAAGAUCAUACUCGGCCUUUUGCCGAUCUGGACACCGCUGCUAAUGUUCGCGGUGAUCUUUCAGCAGCCCAUGACGUUCUUCAUCAAGCAGGGCAUGCUGAUGGACCACACGGUCGGCGGCGGAGCCUUCGUGAUCCCGCCGGCGAUGCUGCAGAGCUCGAUCACCAUUACCAUCAUCCUGCUCAUGCCCAUGUACGACAGGAUGAUCAUCCCGCUGAUCAACACCAUCACUCGGGGUAGCAACGGGAUCACAUUGCUCCAGCGGAUCGGCGUCGGCAUGGUCCUCUCCAUAGUCGCCAUGGUCAUCGCGGCGCUCGUCGAGUCGUGGCGGCUCCGCGUGACCACCGGCGGCGGCGAAGGCGGUGCCCGGCUGAGCAUCUUCUGGCUUCUGCCGCAGUACGUCCUGCUGGGCGUCUCCGACGUGUUCACGGUGGUGGGGAUCCAAGAGUUCUUCUACACGCAGGUACCCAGCACGAUGAGGACCAUCGGCAUCGCGCUCAACCUCAGCGUCUUCGGCUUCGGGAGCUUCCUCGGCGCGUUCCUGAUCACCGCGCUCGAGAUAACCACGGCGAGGCCCGGCAACAGCCGGGGAUGGUUCUCCGACGAUCCCCGGGAGGCGCGCCUAGAUAACUUCUACUGGUUCUUGGCUCUCCUGAGCUCCAUCAGCUUUGUGAUCUUCACGCACUUGUGCAAGUACUACAAUGGCAAAGAUGCUUCAUCGAAGUAGGAUCUGGUGGAGUGGAAACCAGAAUGAUUUGCCGUUCUUGUUGUUGUUGC